GAAUUUAAAAAUUGCGAAUUCUUGAUUGUUUUGACUUAGUAAAUUAUCCGUUACAAUUAUCUCAUUUUACAAUAUAAUUUUUUUCUUAUAACAUAAAUUUUAAUAAAGCUUCGAGAAUGCAAUAAUUAUGUAGUAAUAUUUUUUUUUGAAAACAGCUGACUUAAUAUACAGAAAAAUCAUCUCUGUCUCCUAGACGUCUUGCACAAGAGGGAUAUGUCGUUGCCGAUGAGCGCUGAGUACUACCUAGAAUUGAUGUUAGACCGUUGUUGGUCAUCCUUUUUAUAAUUUUUCAUAAAUCAUUUGCUGCACAGCCUUCGUUCACGGCCUACCGGUCGUCGUUCCUGUUAUAGUAAUUUUUUUUUCAUUUAAUUUUAAAAAUCACAUGAUUUUAAUAAACAAUAUCAAAAUCUAAUAUUUAAUAUAUAAUAAUAUAUAUUAACAAAAUAACAAAAUUAUUUUAUCGACAUGGCGGCGGAACUUAACGUGGAUAUGAAUUACGCCAUAAUGACUAUCAGUUCACAAAUAAUAUACAAGCCUUCGGAUCAAAAUCAAGACCCUGAACCUGACAAUGAUCAUGAGGUUUACGUUGGAAAUCUACCACUAUAUUACACCAUCGAAAAGUUCAUAAACUUUUCUAAAAAGCCUGGGCCAAUUUAUAGUGUAAGGUUACUUAAAGGAAAUGGAGGUUUAAAUAAAGGUUUUGGUUACAUUAUGUACAGAAACUUGGCUACUGUUGAUAUUGCUAUUGAUAUGUAUAAUGGGAUUCUCCUCAAUGAAAGUGAUAUUAAUAAACCUUUAAUAGUGCAAAAGAGUUUACGAAACACUAUAAUGAUGAUUUAUGGACUUUCUCAAAGAAUUAGUAUUAAACAGUUUAUUAAACAAGAAAUAAAUUUGUUUGUACUAAACCAUCCUUCAUUACUAUUAAAAUUUGAAUGUGAAGAUGAUUCUAAGAUAUUUUUAUCAUUUAAAUCUCUGAAGGCAGCACAGAUCUUUAAAAAAAAGCUUAAGGAAUCAUUUAGUAGAUAUGGAGUAAAAAUGUACUAUUUUAAUGAUACUGAGAAUUGGCAUUAACACUCAAAGAGGGAUUCAAUUGUACCCCUUAACCAAUUCAAUUGUACCCCUUUUUAUUCCAUAGCACCACACUAAACACCAAGUAUAUAUUUUUUAUCUUUAUUGUUAUUUCUCCCAAAUAAGAGUGUUAUCAAGUAAGUUAUUGAAAUUAAUAUUAAUAGUACAUUUGCUGAUGUACUAAUUAGGGAACUUUAAUAGAAGAACAAUUGAUAUUAAGCCUUAACUGAAGGUAUAGGGACGCUGUCCUUAUGAUUAAUACUGAAAAAUAAUUUUUGCACCCUCUGAGAUAUUAUUAUGAGUAUACCUGAGCUUUAAAAUGUUUUCUAAAACGCAUAUAUUAAACAAACAAAUCGGAAUAAUAUUAUAAAAGUUUACAAUCACUAUAUUGUUCAAUAUGUAAUUACCAAAUACAUAAAUACUAUAUAUUUAAAUUAAAUACUAUUCAUGAACAAAUUAGCUUUCAAU